AUGUACCUAAGUAGUGAACAAGGAUCAAAGUGUCAGGGGUAUCCCUUAAACUAAACUCUUCUCCACUUCCCCGCGAUAUCAUCUUCAGGGCAAUCCAUGUGUUCCUAAUGCACGUCGCUUGCCGUUGCCUUGUCAUCAAAUUAGUUCAUCAUUAUUAACAAUCAAUUCUUCGACCCGCCCAGUCUUCACCAAAACAACUACAUAACACAUGAUCUCUUGUCCAAGAUCGUGAGAGGAUGGACCGAAACCGCUCCGAUGAAAGGCCUCCGUAGGCCAAUUCCUAUCAAUGAAGCGAGCGUAAAAGACACAAGUAUUCCGAAAUGAAGGUGUAGUCUUACUCUUGAUGGCUACUAUCGUCAUCACAAUAUUUCUUAGUCAAUGCCACUAGCCACCGAAGUCAUGGACAAGCAAACUUCAAUCCUCAUUCUAGGUGCCGGGACCUUCGGCCUAUCGACAGCUUAUCACCUCGCCAAAGCUGGGUAUACCAACGUGACUGUGCUAGAGAAGUCUCCGACCUUCCCUCCCGAACUCUCCGCCGGCAAUGAUUUGAACAAGAUCCUACGAGCCGAGUAUGAGGACCCCUUCUAUGCCGAGCUAGCUCUAGAGGCUAUGGCUGCUUGGAAGUCUCCCCUCUUCGCCCCUUACUACCACGAGACGGGAUAUCUCCUGUGCAAUUCAUCUGCCGCCCCAGAAAAGUCAAAAAAGUCCCUUCAGAAGUCACUUAACUCCAUACAAAAUCGUCCGGCAUUUAGGGGCAAGAUCACACCUGUCAUAUCGCGCGAAGAUAUCCGCAGAGUUGCUCCCGUCUUUGACGGCCCCAUGCAAUGGAAGGGUUAUUUCAAUAGCUUCGCGGGGUACGCUUCCGCGGCCGAUGCUAUGACGGCGGUGUAUUCAGCAUGUACCGCACUCGGCGUGACGAUACAUCUCGACUCAGCAGUUAAAACUCUAACCUACUCCAAGGGCGAGGUGUGUGCCGGUGCAGUAACCACCAGCGGCAAGCACUACAGCGCCUCAACAACCAUCCUCGCCCUCGGUGCAUCUCUAGGUUCUAUCCUCCCUCAAAUCAAGCGCCAAGUCAUCCCCCGGGCCUCUCCUGUGGCACACAUCCAGCUCACCACGGAAGAAGCAGCAAAAUUGCGCGGCAUUCCCGUCACAUACGCGCGCGACCUAGGGUUCUUCUUUGAACCAGACCGCCGCACCAAUUUGUUGAAGAUUUGCCCCGCGAUGGCGGGGUACACCAAUUAUAACACAUCAUCCGGAUUAUCGCUUCCGGCCGAAGAUAACGCGUUUAUCCCCGCGCGCGAUGAAAAGACGAUUAGGCGAUUGUUGCGGGAGACGCUACCCGCACUGGCGGAUAGGCCGUUGAUAGACCGGCACAUUUGCUGGUGCGCGGAUACUGCCGAUAGCGAGUACGUCAUUGAUUUUGUACCAGGGAAGAAACGUUUGGCUGUGGUGACGGGUGACUCAGCCCACGCGUUUAAGAUGCUGCCAAUUGUUGGAAAGUGGGUGAAAGAUGUGUUGGAAAAGGGACAGCAGGAAAAUAAACGAUGGCGUUGGAAAGAAGGCAAUGACGCAGAGGUGGAUGUCAGCUGGAGAGUUGGUAAGAGUACGGAUUUCAGGGAUGUCAAGGAGAUACGAAGGGAUUCGGACGUCGUCAGAGCGAAACUAUGAGAUUUGGUAUUCGAAUUCAGAGAUAAGUAUUGUCAAGCGCAUCCCGAAGUACGAACGAUGUGAUCAUGGCUCAAUUGUUGUUCAAUAGCGCGACAGCAUAGCGCCCGUCAUGCGAUACACCACCGAACAAUACCAACAGGCUGGUUAUUCUAGUUCAUCCGACAACAGUAGUUGUAUGAUAAGAUAUGACAGAACAGCAAGUACCUAGGUAUUAUCCAACGUCCAAUACAGAUACCUAGGUAGUGAAUUACUUGCACUUAAUUAUUCCAUAGGACCUUAUUGGCUGAGAAUGUUUGCUUGAGUCAUGACUUUAUCACGAGGUGGUCUUAGCGGAGUGCAUAGUCGCAGAAUGUAGUAGACUAUGUACUGUGACAUAGGAGUUAACUAGCUGCUAUAGUCAACGUGUAGAGAUAAACAACCGGCAAAUAUUGGAAUAUCCAUA